AUGACUGCACUGCUCCAGAUGGGCAUCUUCGUCACCGCUGAACAUCUGACCACUGAAAAUUGGGCUAUGAUUCUAGACGUUUGCGAUAAAGUGAACAGUGAUCCACGUGCCCCGAAAAAUGCUUUGCUUUCGAUUCGUAAACGGUUAAAUCAUCGUGAUCCUCAUGUGGUGCUUCUAGCUCUUUCAGUAUUGGACUCCUGUUGGAGUAAUUGUGGACCAGCAUUCCGCAAAGAAGUUUCUUCGGCCAGUUUUAUUAACGAAUUACAGGCGAAAGCUACGCAUAGUACUCGUCUUGUUGCGGAAAAGACAAGAAUGAUGAUCCAAAAAUGGGUAGAAAAUGAAUGCAAAUCCGACGCAUCUCUUUCACUUGUAGCUACAUUGUACAAAAACUUGGUCGCAGAUGGCUACUCUUUCACAUCAAGCGAGCCAAAGAAAUCCACGGUACUGUUUUUUUAUUGUGAUAGUUUUAAUCAAGCCUCAUGCACUGAUUGUUUACAGGAGGAGGAGGACGCUUUGGCAAAAGCAAUUGCACUAUCAUUGCAAGAAGCUGACAAAGCACCAAAAACGAACAAGCUCUAUCAGUCUUUAAGCAACACUUCGUAUUCUGCUGUUACCAAUGGAACUAGCAACAAGACUAACGAGCGUACUGUUCGCGCACUUUACGACUUUGAGGCGGCAGAAGACAAUGAACUUUCAUUUGUUAGCGGCGAUCUCAUCACAGUAACUGACGACAGCAAUCCAAACUGGUGGUGUGGACGGAUUGGUGUUCAGCAGGGGCUUUUCCCUUCCAGUUUUGUUACGUCGGAUCUUUCAGAAGUUAAGGUCAGUUCUAAGGCUGCUCCAGCUGCUCCAGCUACUAUUGAUGAGUCAGUGCUGUUGCGUUGUAUACAAAUGCUGGAGGACUGCGAUCCUACUGGCGAAACUCCCGACCCACCAGAGCUGGCCACCAUUGAACAAGCAUCUCGUGCACAAGCUCCGUUAAUCGAUGCUCGAUUAGCAGCCAUCGAUGCUCAAGUUAAUGCUCUUUCUCAGGUUGAUAUGGCGAUACGAGAUGUUCUAGCUUUAUACGAUCAGGCUGUACAGAAGGCUCAUUAUCAGGUUGUACCGCAAGGAGGUUAUCAGCAACAACAAGUUCAACCCGAAUGGAAUACUGUGCAACAUCAUGCACAAAAUUACUAA